AUGUUGACCGGUGUGGAUUUUGAGAGGUCGAAGAGAACGGAAUCCAGCGAUCCAGUAACGGAAAACAUAUUCCUUACUGGAAAGGCUUGGGAAUUCCUCACCCACAAGGUAUUCGAGAACGAGGCAGGCAGCUCGUUCCUGAUGGCUGCCGGCGCAGUAGCUAUCGCUGUGUUAUGUGGUCGCGAACGGAGGGCGGCUGUUCUGGCACGUAACAUACAGUUGGGACCUGCAGCUAGCCUUCGGACGUUCGGACACCCAAAGUACAGAGAACACAUUCCUAGGAACCCCCUCAUGAAGUAUUAA